GUUGUUGCAAAGUGGUGAAUGCAUGGAUCACGAACAGUCGGAUGAGGAGAUGAGUCAUUCCAAUGGAACACUUCUGGAAGACAAUGAUCAUCAUGAAAUCACAAGCAACGAUGAUCGCGUUCUUCUUGUAGAGCAAGUUGAACCUGUCGAAGCAACAAGUCUUGAAACUUCACAUCAUUGUGACAUGCUUCCAUCUUUAACCGAUAACGCAAGGCGUGAGCCGGUGUCGUCCUCUGUGCAACCUAUAUCUUUUGAAGUAUUGUACUCUUGUCCAACCACUGAGAGAUUUUCGUUAUCACACAAUGAAGAACUCUAUACUACAACAAAUCAAUUGAACCGGCAUUUUCCGGAUGACACUGGCGUGAACGAAGCAGUUGAAGUGGAGGAUGAAGGAGAACAAGAUAUGCAUCCAGAUGACAAUUAUGACGAAGAAGAAAUGGGAUCUGCACUAGGAAUCGCCUUACCUAAUUUAGCAACAGCUUCUUUCUCUGAGAUAAGUCGCUUAGAUAGUGUACCCGGAAAUGAUACUAUUCAAUUAAAUGUUGGAGCAGAUAGACUUGUUCCCAGUCGGGCCGGAAAUUCGACGAUAGCGAACCUUUUUCUUUCUUUACCUACGACGUGUCCUAACGGUACCCAUCGCGGUGCGUCUGGCACAGUGUCAUCCGUUCCCACCGAGUCGGGCAAUCAGAUUUCCCAAACAACAAUUGGGUGGACAUCUCCUGGUGAUAUAGUUCUACCUAGAGAAAAUCCCAUGUUGUUGUUUCAACGUGGUCCACGCCACUCAAUUAACACAAAUACUUCAGGUUUUGAUGUUCUUUUAGUCCCCUCAGGUCUUUCAUCUCGACUUCAUGCUAUUCAGCUUCCCUAUUCUUUUCAAUCUUCUCUUCGCCAAGGACAUUAUAUUAAUUAUUCAACACAAAAUGUAGAGCAUUCAGAAUCAUCUGGUACAACAACUCAAGAACCUGAAGUAAAUCCGGAAAUAUUUUAUGUGCCUACUUUGUUUUCACUGGGUCAUAUCAUGUUUGAUCCAUGGGCUCAAGUAGCUGUAACCUCACUGUGUUCAACUCUCACUGACACUUCUAACGCUUACACUACGUGUGCCCAAGCGUCUUGCGUACGUUCGAGGCUUUCCGCUUCUCGUGAUACUUUUAAAUUCACGGGUGUAUCAAUAAUUUGCGAUGAAUUUAAGUCUUGGGUACUAACAGAACGACGUCUUAAUUAUCAAACAGUUUAUAGCGACUCAGAACAUCAAAGUCAAAGAAUUUCGCUUUCAGUUGCACCAGUACAAAACAAGACUAAUAGCCAAUCAGAGAGUGUUCUUCUUGAACAAUCUGAAGGCGUUUUUCAAGAAAAUUCACAGAAUGAUCUUCAAGAAAAUUCCGGUCAUAUGACUAGUGGGCUCAUAGAUAACGAAACGCAAGUUACAGAACAGCGUGAGGUCAAUAACCAUUCGUUGCUACCAGGAAAUGAAUCUUUUGGAUCACCAAACAGAAUAACAAUAGAACAAGCUUAUGGUCUUUUACGACAUGAGGAAAUGACAAGCACGAUAACUUUCUCAUCGCGUCCUGUACGUCAUUUGGCUCUAGUGCUAGGACUGACGCAACAACAACUUUUAAGCUGUCUUGGAAUUGAUGUUACAUUUUUUUCUGAGAUUCCUGAGGAUAUCCAAAAUGAGAUUCUUACACAACAGUUACCUUUUAUUUCGGUCCUAUCUUACGAAAACUUUCGACAUGCCAAUUGUGAUCGUCUGUCUGAAAUUUCUUCUUUCAUCAUUGAUUCAUUGGCAGAAUGUGUAACACCAGAUUCCACUGGAAUCAGGCUUAUUUAUACAGUUGGUUCAAAUACUAAUGAAACUGGAACAGUUGCCGCUUCUUCAGAUAAUGACGCAAUAGCCAUAGAAACCCAAGCCACAAGUAGCCAUCGUCACAAUUCAGAGGAAGCAAUAACAAAUGAAUUAACGAAUAGACAAUGGCGUCUAUCGUUUCAGCAUAGUACAGAAUUUCCUUGGCAAGUUGAUCAGCUAUCAAUCCAUUUGGAUGAUAGCAUGAUUGAACAACUUCCACGUGUAUUAAGGGAAUCGAUCAUAGAAGAUGCUGAUUCAUUUCAAGAUCCCAUGAUAAACACAGAAUCUAUAAAUGGUAGGAGUGAAAAUGCAGGCUUCGAUAAUGCAUCGUUUUUGGAAACACUUGAUGCAGCUUUACGUGAAGAUUUAUUAUUAACAGCAACAGAGGAAGAUCUCAAUGCUCUACCAGCCCAAUACGUUGCGGAAGCUGUACUACUGCGUACGCAUCGUGCAACUACGCAAAGUCCUUCUCGAUCCGUACGUUUUGUCAACAAUUAUCAGGGAACCGGCUUGAACCAAAGCAUCCCUCAAAACAGACGCGGAAAUGUUUUAUCAGAAGAAUUUCGUUUAAUUUCAACGGCACCGUCCAAUGAUCAUACUGAUGGAGGUACUCAUCAAAGUGGAUUGCAACAAUUAUACAACGCAUUGUUUAGUGCAAUGAAUGUUCGUCUUCAUAGUCAGUCUUCGCAAACCGCAGCACGUAGCAAUACACGAACUUCAAAUGCAACGAAUACAAUCAUCCCAAUCAGCUCUAAUAUUUCCACUCAAAAUUCUAAUCGUAGUCUAGGUAUGUCUUUACGACGAACAGGAGUGUCGCUUCCGGGAUAUUAUUCAAAUUCGUCUAUAGCAUCUCAAAGAUUAAUUUAUGAAGCUUUGGAUCAAAUCUUGGGAGAUGUAGAUCCGGCAUUUCUUUCACUUGGCCCAACAAGAAACCGUUAUCAAUCCCGUGAUACUCGGAGUCACCGAAAUGGCAUUUUAGAAAGUUUUUCUCGAUCUGAUAAUUUUUCUAAUAUUAUUCAAAACUCAUGUCAACAUGGAAGUCAAGAAAAAUGUCAUACACACUUAAAUGGAAGAACCACACAAGAUCUAUUAUGCUGCAACCGCUGUAGUUCUCCUUUUGAUAUUCCUUUAAAUCCAAUGGGUAUAGUCGUUAUUUGUCGACUACUUUUUCUCAAACGUCAAGUCUAUCGUCGAGAUAUGCACCGUCUCUUUCUCAGUAUGACUGCUUCCCACCCAUCAACACGACAGGGAUUAUUACAAGUGUUACUUGUCAUUAUUUGGAAUGCUGUCACUGAUAUUCAAGCAGCAUUGCACCUUCCAAGAGCGUCAGAGUCGUUUCUUUCUCUAGGUUUUCCUCCAGAACGGCUAUACUCGUCUACGACAUUAACAACAUCUCUUCUUUUUGAUAGUCAUCCUGAAGCAGCAGCUUCCAUUGCAGGUUAUAGAGCUUUAGAACAUAUUCGAAGUUUGUUAGAGGUCAUACCCAAUCUUUCUGAAUUUUUCGCAACAUCUAUGCCACAUCCUGCGUAUGUUACCUUUUGGAAUUCUAAAUCGGAUAGCUCUCCGGCACUUGCAUCUAAUGAUAAUAUCAAAACUGAUACUACUUUGGUUAACGAGGGCGAUAUAAAACACAAUGAAAGUUUAUCACAUUUUUUCACAUUUAAUAAAGACUUGUCUUCGAAAACCCAUUAUGCAAACGUUCCGGAGGAGUCACAUAACAGUGAAAUAAAUUUCUCGGCUACUAAAGAACGCAUUGAGACGUUUAGUAUGUACGAAUAUCCUAUUAACAUCCUUUUGACUCUAACAAGUUCCCGACUGUUUCAUACUUCUUCAAACCAUAUGGUCCACUUACUGUCCGCAAUCGAUUUUUUGUUGUGCGCAUCUCAGAAAAAUGAAAAUGACGUUCAACAAUUAUCGACAAGCAAUGUGCAAGAAGAAACCAGUGAAGAAAAUGAAAAUAAUUUUACCAAUGAAAAUGAAUUAGAUGAAAAUAUAACACAAGACAAAAUUGUUUCCCAAAAUGUAUCAAUAAAAACGACUGAAGGAAAUCGCACGCAUGAUUUAUCUUUGCAACAAAAAAUUAUAAAUGUUGUUUCACGAGAUGCAGCACUUACUUUGUGUCGUCUUUUUACGGGAAUUCCACCGAAUACAAAAGCAUGCAAAGAUCAUGCUACCUUUUUCAAUUUGUACUAUGCUUCAACCAGUCAUCAAUCACCGUUGCCAAUUUUAUCACGAAUUGUUGCUCUAUUUUAUUGGAGCCCAAAACAUCAUCAUGACAUUCAUCAACUUUUUGUUUCCUCAUUAAAAUCUUUAUUACAUUACAUAAUAUGUCAUUUACAAAAAUUAAAAGAACAUACCUCAACCCUUGUAAAGCUAGAAGCUUUGAGUAAAGAGAACAAGAACAUUGAUCCAACAUUUGAUUUUCUACUACCUGAAAACAUUCGGACUCCUCUUGACACGUCUCUUAAUUUACUUUUAAGACUUACAGUGUCUUUGCAAGACGUGUUUUGGAGUAAUCCUUUGGCUUUAAAUCCUCAACCACAUGAAAAAAAUAAAGAAGAAAAUUCUGGAUCAAAUUCCAAUAAUGAAACAAAAAGAGAGAAUACGACUGAAUUUGAAGAGGAAGUCGAAAUGAAGUCACCUAAAAUGUCUCAAAAGAAUUCAUCCAAUCCUUUAGAAAAAGAGGAAGAAGAAGAGUGUAUACGCGAAGAUAAAAAAAGUCUUGUUAUGUUACGCGAUCUUUUUAAUCACGUUGGCAUGUGUGAAUUGUGGAAAAUUACCGAUGAACUCUUAACUGAAAUUGAGUUAGCUUGUCCUUUCCUUUUAAAUAAAUUUACAGAAACGUUUCAUUAUAAAAAUAAAACGGUCUCGAGUUCAAGUUCAAGUGGAAUACCUCUAAGUGACGUUUUCGUUAAUGAAUCGCGUCUUAUACUUCCUUUAAUUGUUAAUCAACUUUUACCUUUAAUCAAUUCAUAUCUCAUUGUAGCUCAAGUUACAAUUGCAGCUGAUCUAAAUUUCAGAGCAAGUGAGGUUCCUCGUGUUGUAACUCAGUUUUCCGGUACUAAGUGUGAAACUCAACUUCAACAAAAAUUUUCCGAAAAAUUUUCCAAUUAUUUAUGUAAUUCUGACAAAACGUAUACAAAACAACAUUGUGAAAUGUUAAUGUUUUGCGAACGACAUCGAAAAUUGAUAAAUCUUCUCGUUCAACAUUCUCCUGGAAUUUUAAAUGGAUCCUUUCAACCAUUGGUUGCAUUAGCAGCUCUUUGUUUAACGUUUGAAAAUAAACGGCAAUACUUUCGUCAUAGUUUAAAACAACUAAGAGAAACAACGCGUUAUGACCCGAUUCGGUUACACGUUCGUCGAAGUAUGGUUUUUAUGGAUUCAUUUCACCAGUUACGAUUAAGAAAUGGGGAAGAAAUGAAAGGAAAAUUAAUAGUACAUUUCCAAGGAGAAGAAGGUGUUGACGCUGGAGGUCUUGUUCGGGAAUGGUAUGGAAUUUUAUCAAAAGAAAUGUUUAAUCCGGAUUAUGCUCUUUUUCGACGUGAAGGAACGAAGUCUGAAUUUAAUCAUCCGAAUCCUCUAUCACAUGUCAAUCCUGAUCAUCUUUGUUUUUUUAAAUUCGUCGGGCGUGUGAUUGGAAAAGCUAUCUAUGAUGGUCAUCAUUUAGCGUCUUACUUUACGCGAAGCUUUUACAAGCAAAUGCUAGGACGAAAAUCGUCACCAUCCGAUGCCGAAUGUAUUGAUCCAGAAUUAUAUAAAAGUUUACAAAUGUUACUAAGUCAUAAUAUAGCCGAUUUAGGAUUAGAUCUUCACUUUAGCACCGAUAUUGACGAGUUCGGGCAAAAUAAAAUCAUUGAUUUAUUACCGAAUGGUCAACGCAUUCCCGUAACAGAAGAAAAUAAACAAGAAUAUGUGAAGCUUUUGUGUGAACAUAAAAUAUCCCACGGUAUUCGCACACAAACAGAGUCAUUUUUAGAAGGAUUUCAUGAACUUAUUCCACCAAAAUUUUUGACAAUUUUUGAUGACAAAGAAUUAGAACUAUUGAUUAGUGGAAUUUCCUUUGUUGAUAUUGAAGAUUUAAGAGCAAAUACAGUUUAUCAUGGAUAUCAAGCAACGUCACCUCAAAUUUACUGGUUUUGGAAUUUAUUAGAAGAAAUGGAUCAAAAUACUCUAGCCACAUUUCUCCAGUUUGUUACAGGAACAAGUCGAGUACCACUUGGAGGUUUCCGAGAGCUUAUGGGAGUUUGUGGCCCUCAACUCUUUAGUAUCCACCGAGAUUAUGAUGAAACCCGACUACCCUCAGCGCACACAUGUUUUAAUCAAUUGGACUUACCCCAGUAUUCUUCAAUGGAAAUUUUAAAAGAAAAAAUACUAAAGGCUAUUUUUGAAGGAAGUGAAGGAUUCGGCUUUGCGUAAAACUUAAAAAAGACAUAGACGACCCUUUAUAUUUACUAAAUAUAAAGGUCUUUAUCAACACUGAAAUUUAUUUUAAACAAAAUAUCGAAAUGUCAAUUGAUUCUUUGCUAUACUUGACAUGAAUAGGUUUAUACUACAGUCCAUAAAGAUUACUCAAAAGACUUUAAACUAACUUUUCAUUUGUUCAAACUCUUCUUACGUUUAUAAGCACACAUAAAAAUACACUUAUCUGGUGAAGAAGAACAUAACUUGUGAAAUAAGAGUCAGUUUUUUCCGUACAUGAACCUAUAAAGAAAUAGAUUGAGCAUUUUUUAAAUGAGGUAUCACAAAGCUAUUUCCGUC